CCUGGCGUCUGUCAUUCGAUCGGGGCCCUUGAGCUUCCAGCACGGCCGGCGCAAUGGCGGGAACCGGACUGGGCUCGGAAGCGCUGGACCUGGAGAAGCUGCGCAUGGCCGGCGCCGGCCUGGCUCUGGCAGUGCUCACCAGCGGCGGAGACGCACAAGGUAUGAAUGCUGCUGUCCGAGCUGUGACUCGCAUGGGGCUAUAUGUUGGAGCGAAAGUAUUCCUGAUCUAUGAGGGGUACGAAGGGCUGGUGGAAGGAGGAGAGAAUAUCAAACAGGCAAACUGGCUGAGCGUGUCCAACAUCAUUCAGUUGGGUGGCACCAUCAUUGGCAGUGCCCGCUGCAAAGCUUUCACCACCCGGGAGGGCCGCCUCAAGGCUGCUUACAAUCUGGUACAGCAUGGCAUCACCAACUUGUGUGUUAUCGGCGGAGAUGGCAGUCUGACUGGUGCAAACAUCUUCCGCACGGAGUGGGGUGGUCUGUUAGAGGAGCUAGUCGGUGAAGGGAACAUCACUGAUGAGGUGGCUAAGACAUAUUGUCAUUUAAACAUUGUGGGUCUGGUGGGUUCCAUUGACAAUGACUUCUGUGGCACAGAUAUGACCAUUGGCACUGACUCUGCACUGCACCGUAUCAUGGAGGUGAUUGACGCUAUCACUACUACUGCCCAGAGCCACCAGAGAACCUUUGUGUUGGAGGUGAUGGGCAGGCACUGUGGGUACCUUGCAUUAGUUUCAGCUUUGGCUUCUGGUGCCGACUGGCUUUUCAUCCCUGAAUCACCUCCUGAGGAUGGCUGGGAGGAUUCCAUGUGUGAGAGGCUUGGUGAGGCACGGAGCAGAGGAUCCCGACUAAAUAUUAUCAUCAUUGCUGAGGGUGCCAUUGACUGGAAUGGGAAACCUAUCACCUCUAAUUACGUAAAGGAUCUGGUUGUGAAGCGCCUUGGCUUUGACACACGUGUGACUGUGCUGGGCCACGUGCAGCGUGGUGGGACCCCAUCAGCAUUUGAUCGAGUUCUGAGCAGCAAAAUGGGCAUGGAAGCUGUGAUGGCACUACUGGAAGCAACACCAGACACUCCAGCCUGCGUGGUGAGCCUCUCUGGGAACCAGUCGGUUCGUCUGCCCCUAAUGGAAUGUGUGCAAGUGACCAAAGAUGUCCAGAAAGCAAUGGAUGAAAAAAGGUUUGAGGAAGCAAUCCAGCUCAGAGGGAGGAGCUUUGAAAACAACUGGAACAUUUACAAGCUACUUGCCCACCAGAAACCAGAUCAGGAAAAGAGCAAUUUCAACAUGGCCAUCCUCAACGUGGGAGCCCCAGCAGCAGGCAUGAAUGCAGCCGUCCGGUCUGCUGUGCGUAUUGGGAUUUGCCAGGGCCAUACAACGUAUGUGGUGAACGAUGGCUUUGAAGGCUUGAGUAAGGGACAGAUCCGAGAAGUGGGCUGGCAUGAUGUGGCAGGCUGGUUGGGCCGUGGUGGGUCCAUGCUGGGGACCAAGCGAACUCUCCCAAAGACAUGCAUGGAAAAGAUUGUAGAAACCAUCCGGAAAUUUAACAUCCAGGCACUGCUGGUCAUUGGUGGAUUUGAGGCCUAUGAAGGAGUACUGCAGCUGGUGGAGGCACGUGGGCAGUACGACGAGCUUUGCAUCAUCAUGUGCGUGAUCCCAGCUACCAUCAGUAACAAUGUGCCUGGGACGGAUUUCAGCCUGGGGUCAGAUACGGCCGUCAAUGCUGCCAUGGAGAGCUGUGACCGCAUCAAGCAGUCUGCUUCCGGCACGAAGCGGCGUGUCUUCAUUGUGGAGACCAUGGGGGGCUACUGUGGCUACUUGUCAACAGUGACUGGCAUUGCAGUCGGAGCCGACGCCGCCUAUGUGUAUGAAGAACCUUUCACCAUUCAUGACUUAAAGGCAAACGUUGAACACCUGACUGACAAAAUGAAAACGGACAUUCAGAGAGGCCUGGUUCUGCGAAACGAGAAGUGCCAUGAACACUAUACCACCGAGUUCCUCUACAACCUAUAUUCCUCAGAGGGGAAAGGGAUAUUUGAUUGCAGGAUCAAUGUCCUGGGUCAUCUUCAGCAGGGAGGUGCUCCAACCCCAUUUGACCGCAACUACGGCACUAAGCUGGGGGUGAAAGCUGUCUUGUGGAUGUCAGAUAAGCUGAAGGAGACUUACCGCAAAGGUCGUGUGUUUGCCAAUGAUGCCAACUCUGCUUGUGUGACAGGCCUGAGAAGAAAGACUGUGUCCUUCAGCCCUGUGACUGAACUCAAGAAAGUCACAGAUUUUGAGCACAGGCUACCCAAAGAGCAAUGGUGGCUGAACCUGCGCCUGAUGCUGAAGAUGCUGGCCCACUACCAGAUCAGCCUGACUGAAUACGUGACUGGGAAGAUGGAGCAUGUCACCCGGCGAACGCUCAGCAUCGAGAAGGGAUUCUAGCUAUAGCCUUUUCCCUUCUC